GCAAGAAAUAAGUGGUCGAACUUUGCCAUCAGGCUGCCGAAAGGGCACUUGGUUAGUCAAAAACUCCACGGUUGUUUUGGGUCUCGGAAAUUUAAGAUUCUGUGAAGUUCAAGGAACAAGGAGAGUCCGCCCAUCCCGAGAUUUCUCGGCAGUGGUCUGCUUUGCUUCAUUGUGUUAUUCUCUUCUUACGGCCAGUUUUACAGCUAUAACCUCUCGCUGAUUGCUGCGAUUAUGACAAUAAAUUUCCCGACUUCAUCUCUCUCUCUCUCUCUCUCUCUCUCUCUCUUUCUCUCUCGCAAGAUAUAAAGGUUUAUCAAUGAGGUUGUUCUCCCGUGUUCUAAGUUAGGUUCUUCUCUUUCGAUGUUGCUCAUCGGAAUUGCUGGAUCAGGGUGAGGUUCAAUUCAUGUUUUUUUUGUUCGUUUUGGGGCUCCGAUUCCGUGCUUGUUUCAGUCCGGUGGUCGUUGGGUAGCUGUAGGAGACGUGAUUCCUGUUCGCAAAUUUGGACUGGAAGAGUGUUUAAGUAGUAGUGGACGCAACGUUUUCGACCGUCGUUUGCUUGUUCAUGGGAUAGAUGAAUUGUGAGCGACCAAUUAAGUUUAGAAGAUUCUUGGUGCUUCUGUUUCUUGGUAUAGUGUUGAAGUUAGAGUCCACGAGUGAGUGUUCUUAUUUUUUCAGUUGGAGAUGUGAUCUUUGUCAAACAGAUGGAGAGUUGAGAAGAAUGGUCUCUUUCGAUAGGAUGUAAUUUAGGUUAUUAAUAAGCUCAGAGAUUUCGUUCUCUCUCAGUGGAAUAAAUGUUCGUUGUAGGUGUUGCUUCUAGCUCGUGUCUGUUAGUCUAAUUUUCGCAAAAAUAGAAGGAUUGGUGGUGUAGAAGAGGAUGGGUUCCGAUCUGUUUUUCAAGAAUGGGCUUCCGGAAGCCCGGGGAGAAAAUGGUUCCAGAACAGAAAACGCAAGGUCGGGGAAUUUGCUGUCCCGGCAAUCGUCAGUUUACUCACUUACACUGGAUGAAUUUCAGAGUGGCCUCGGGAAGGAUUUCGGAUCUAUGAACAUGGAUGAAUUCUUGAAGAACAUCUGGUUUGCAGAAGAGACACAGAGUUUCUCCACUUCACCCUGUACGCCGGAAGGGAAUUCUGGGGGUUUGUCUAGGCAAUUUAGUUUGCAGAGGCAGGGAUCCUUGACAUUACCUCGGACAUUAAGCUUGAAGACGGUAGAUGAAGUGUUCAGAGAUGUGAUCAAGGAAAGCGUGGAUCAGACCUAUAAUAUUGGCACGGCGCCGCACAAGCAACCAACUCUUGGAGAGAUGACUCUGGAGGAGUUUCUGGUCAAGGCAGGUGUCGUGAGGGAAGAUACCCAAACUGCAAGUGCGUCCAACAGUGGAAUUUUUCUGAGUAACAGUGAGAACAGCGCGGUUGGAAAUGGAAACGCCCAAGUUGGAUCUGAUAUCGGUCUGGCUUUGGGGUUCGGGCAGCCUGCUCAGGCUAAUGGAAAUUUAUCACGUGUGGCGUAUCAGGAGGUUAUUGCUCCAGCUGGUAACAGUGUUAGCACUCUGGAAGCAUUUAGGUCUUCCCAGCCACAGCAACAGCAACAGAACCACCACCACCACCAGCAGCAGAAGCAACUUUCGUGGCGCGACAACCAGCAUAAUCGAAGCCCAGUCGUUCAACCGACAAAGCAGCAGCAGCAUCAGUUCUUAGGGGGUCAACCAACAAUUGUCUAUGCAUCAUCACUACAAAUGGCCAACAAUGAGGAAUUGAAGACUCCAGGCAUAGGUAACGGUCAGUCACUGUCUCACGUGGUAGGCAGCGCAGGAAUUGGUGGCCAAGCAGGAUCUGAAGACCCUGGUGGAAUUCUGGAUGCAAAACCAAGCGUUGCAUCGGUCUGCCCUUCAAGUAGUGACUUCAUAAGCGGGGGUAUCCAAGGGGGAGCUUCAAUAGUUUCAGAAACAACUGCAUCUCUUGUAAACCAGAUUGCCUCUGAUACCAUCAACAAAAGCGAUGGUGACAACUCCUCAUUAUCCCCUGUUCCUUAUCCUUUAAAUGGAGUUAUGAGGGGAAGAAGAGGUGGUGGAUCAGUGGAGAAAGUCAUUGAGAGAAGACAGAGGCGCAUGAUCAAGAACAGAGAAUCAGCUGCCAGGUCACGGGCACGGAAACAGGCUUACACCAUGGAACUGGAAGCUGAAGUGGCAAAACUCAAAGAAGAGAACAUGAAAUUGAAGAAGAAGCAGGUGCAUUUUCGGCCUUUGAUGGAGAUGGAGUACAUUAUGGCAACUGUCUUAUCAUAUUUUACAGAAGAAAUCAUGAAAAUGCAGAAGGCUCAGGUACUAGUGGGACAGGCUCUAGAGAAGUUGAACAAGCAGCUGACACCAAAAAAAAGAUGCUUGAGGAGGACACUUACUGGCCCUUGGUGAAGGGUUAUAUUUGCAAGAAAAGUCCCUGGCCUGUUCAGGGGAUAGCUGUACAUACAGAUAUCGGAAACAAGCUGGUUGCCCUGUAAUUUAAGGUUAGCAGCAGUUUUCUUUCUUACCUUUUGUAUCCAUUCAUCUUUUAUGUUUGUAUGUUAUUCUUGAUGAUCUAAUGAUCUAUAAGUUGCACUGCCCUGGAGAUUGUGAAAAGCAACUGGAGUGUCAAAACCUUGUAUUGUGAUUGACCUAGUACACUCGGUACAAAUGGGGUGCAAGCUCAUUAGCGGUAGAAGGCGUCUGAUACAUCUGUGAGGAUGUUCUUAGGACAGAUAAUGGACCUGUCUUGCACUUUUGAAAAUACAUGCUUUAACCAGCCAUUGGAACAUGAUAACGAAUUCAUAUUGUAUUGCAACCUCUCUCUCUCUCUCUCUUUAACCAGCCAUUGGAACAUGAUAACGACUUCAUAUUGUAUUAUAAGCUCUCUCUCUCUCUCUC